UUUGUCCUCGUUAGAAUCGUCUCCAUUUUAUACUCUGAGGACUGCUGAAGUACGAAUACGGAAGUUACUGUUCCAGUAACAGACGUCUUUAGUACUACAUUUGAGAAAGUCAUCAAAAUGGGGGACAGUAAAUCAUUGAAAACAAGCAAUCUGUCUGGUUUCCCACGCCCCAAUGGAGUCAUUGGUGCAGCGUACCUAGAAAAGUUGUCAGACUACGUGCUUAAUCAUAGACAUGAAAAGCACGACCUAAAGAGUCCAGCUGGUGCCACCUUGACAAUAGGACCCCUGGAGGACACAGAGUAUAAAGACAAACCCAGCGAGGUGCACGGGUGCAGCAAGUUCUAUCUCCCUACUACAGGUCAAAUGGUGGUCAUCGGUUACGUGGAGGGCACACAGUACCCCUGCGAUCAGCUCAUCCUAAUGAUACACGAGAACGGGAAGCUGUACGGGUAUGAUGGAGAUGAGCUGCACGAGGUGGCGUCCAGUUUGAUGCAUCUAGAUAAAGCUGGGCUAGACUAUCCUGCGUCCAAGAGCUACUACUACAGCGAGGCCUUCAAAGAUGUGACCAUGGAGUUCUGGGACAAGGUGAGGACUAGUCCUCGAGUGAAGAAGGCUGAGGAGGAGCACCGUGAACUGGUUGCUUCACGCAAAUCCAAAGUUGCAGAGUUGAUUGAAAAGAGCAAGGCGAAACAGAGGUUACGUAAGCAACGUUCAGCCGUCUCACAAUCCUGUCACAAGCUCCCCACAAGCCUCUCACAAGCCCCCCAGCCUAUCUCCAGCCCCUCGUAGUACAUGCUGAACUUGGAGACAAGUCUGUGUGAGCGCGCUGGUUCUACAGUGGCCCAGCUUGAGCUCUGACUUGAACUCUUCUCAAACGUGACCCAAAAGCGGCUCCACCAGCAGUCCCCGUCCAGCUAGACUGAGCUGGAGCAGGUUUGCUGGGAAAGAAGAGAAGGCUGGAGCUCCGAGAAGGAGUUAUCUGCGGAAUCAAAGUGGGCGUGUCACAAGAGUGGGCGUGUCACAAGAGUGGGCGUGUCACAAGAGUGGGCGUGUCAAAAGCAUAAACACUGUGGGCUACGAGGCCUACAUGACGGUAUCCUUAGAUCCUGCUUGAUGUCUUUACAKCCUGACCCUGACCCCAACACUAAGGUUAACCAGGAGAAAUGUGACCCAAGUAGGGGUCUCCAGCAAAAGUGGUGCCGUAUAGUAACGCCCCUUUUGUUCUUGUCCAAUCAGGUGGUGCCGUACGGUAUCAUCCCUUUUUUGCUUGUCCAGUCAGGUGUGUCCCUUUGACAAAGUCCGUCAAAUCAGGUGUGUCGCUUUAGAAUCGCCUUUCCUUGUGACACGCCCACUCGUCCGCAGAGACCCCGACUUGGGAGCUUCGGGUCCCGGUCCAGGUGUGCAACGCAUCAAACUCAAAAGGUUGGAAGUGCUGCCAAAGAUGCUUCAGCUCAGAACAAAGUUGAAAGUCUGAAUUUGUGUGGAAAUGUUUUUUUUUUUUUCAGUGUGUUUAAGAAAAAACACUUUUGCUUUGUCAUUACAAAGUAUUGAAUGUGAUACGUCUCACAAUGUGAGUGCACAUGCACAAAAAUACAGACCUGCUUUGAGUUUUGAGACUGAAGCACGUCUAA